GAAGGCGCUGGAGGCUGGACGGGCAGCGGAACUCAGAGCUGUGGCAUGAAGCUGUUGGAGGGCAGCGCUGCCCGUGCCCUGGGCCUGGCCUGCGCCUCGCCCUGGCGAUGGGCACAGCAACUCAGAAGAGCGUCUCAAACCUGUGUCCCACAGAUGAGGACUCAGGACGACUCCGAGGGCCAGACACAGAAUGAGUCCCCGGGCUCCGCAGGGGCUCCCGCCAGAGACCUGCCGAUGACCCAGGCGGCCGAGCCUAAAUCUGACAUGCUGUACAAGAUCGAGGACGUGCCGCCGUGGUACCUGUGCAUCCUGCUAGGCUUCCAGCAUUACCUGACGUGCUUCAGCGGCACCAUCGCCGUGCCCUUCCUCCUGGCCGAGGCUCUGUGCGUGGGCCGCGACCAGCACAUGGUCAGUCAGCUCAUCGGCACCAUCUUCACCUGUGUGGGGGUCACCACGCUCAUCCAGACCACUCUGGGCAUCCGGCUACCACUGUUCCAGGCCAGUGCCUUUGCGUUUCUGGUCCCAGCCAAAGCCAUCCUGGCCCUGGAGAGAUGGAAGUGUCCUCCUGAAGAGGAGAUCUAUGGCAAUUGGAGUCUACCCUUGAACACAUCUCAUAUCUGGCACCCUCGAAUACGAGAGGUUCAGGGUGCAAUCAUGGUGUCCAGCACGGUGGAGGUGGUGAUUGGGCUGAUGGGGCUGCCCGGGGCGCUUCUCAGCUACAUAGGGCCUCUCACGGUCACCCCCACCGUCUCCCUCAUCGGCCUGUCUGUCUUCCAAGCUGCGGGGGACAGAGCUGGCUCCCACUGGGGCAUCUCAGCCUGCUCCAUUCUCCUGAUUGUACUCUUCUCCCAAUACCUGCGCAAUCUCACUUUCCGGUUGCCAGUCUACCGCUGGGGUAAGGGCUUCACUCUCUUCCGUAUCCAGAUCUUCAAGAUGUUUCCGAUUGUGCUGGCCAUCAUGACUGUGUGGCUGCUCUGCUAUGUGCUGACUCUGACAGACGUGCUGCCCGCAGACCCAGCAGCCUAUGGAUUCCAGGCGCGAACCGAUGCCCGAGGAGACAUCAUGGCCAUCUCACCUUGGGUCCGCAUCCCCUACCCCUGUCAGUGGGGCCUGCCCACAGUCACGGUGGCUGCUGUCCUGGGUAUGUUCAGUGCCACGCUGGCGGGCAUCAUUGAGUCCAUUGGUGAUUAUUACGCCUGUGCGCGCCUGGCCGGUGCGCCACCGCCUCCAGUACACGCUAUCAAUCGGGGUAUCUUUACUGAAGGCAUCUGCUGCAUUAUCGCGGGGCUGUUGGGCACAGGCAACGGGUCCACCUCAUCCAGUCCUAACAUUGGUGUCCUAGGAAUUACCAAGGUGGGCAGCCGGCGGGUGGUGCAAUACGGUGCAGUUAUCAUGCUGGUCCUGGGUGCCAUCGGCAAGUUCACAGCCCUCUUCGCUUCACUGCCGGACCCCAUCUUGGGGGGCAUGUUCUGCACCCUCUUCGGCAUGAUUACUGCAGUGGGGCUGUCCAACCUGCAGUUCGUGGACAUGAACUCUUCCCGCAACCUCUUCGUGCUCGGAUUUUCCAUGUUCUUCGGGCUCACGCUGCCAAAUUACCUGGAUUCCAACCCUGGUGCCAUCAACACAGGCAUUCCUGAAGUAGACCAGAUUCUGACCGUGCUGCUGACCACAGAGAUGUUUGUGGGUGGGUGCCUUGCUUUCAUACUGGACAACACAGUACCAGGGAGCCCAGAGGAACGAGGCUUAAUACAGUGGAAAGCGGGGGCCCAUGCCAACAGCGCGACAUCUGCUAGUCUGAAGAGCUAUGAUUUUCCCAUUGGAAUGGGCAUGGUGAAAAAGAUUGCCUUUCUGAAAUACAUUCCUAUAUGCCCAGUCUUCAAAGGAUUUUCUACAAGGUCAAAACACCAGACUUCAGUUUCAGAAGACACUCCAGAAAAUACAGAGAUUGGGUCGGUGUGCACCAAGGUCUGAAAUACUUCCAAAAAAGGAGACAUGGUAUAAUAACAGAAAAGGAAACUACAAGGGGAGCCAGAAGACCUAAACUGGAAAUCCCAGCUCUGCCCCAUCUAACUUCCUGUGUAAGCUUGGAUAAAUUACCCUUUCCAGAACACCACAGUAUCAGCUUAAAAAAAGGAAAGACUGGGCCAAUGUCUCUAGAGACGUAUACUGA